UACUAAAAUGUUAACCGGUAUCAGAUUAUUAGUUUCUCCAAUAAAAAAAUUAACAAGACCGACAAACCAAAAUAUUGGAACUGUUAACAGUGUUUGUGCACGGUGUUUUAAAAAUCCGGAUAACCUCAAAAUCGUAGCUUCCUUAAUUGCGGGAGAUUCAAAUAGAUGUUACUCGACAACCAGCAAAGAAAAAAAACACGUAAAUGUCGGAACUAUAGGUCAUGUGGAUCAUGGCAAGACAACACUAACUGCCGCAAUAACCAAAGUAUUACAGAAAGAUGGCCUGGCCCAAUUUAUAUCAUACGAUCAAAUAGACAGAGCACCUGAAGAAAAAGCCAGAGGAAUUACAAUCAAUGCUGCGCAUGUCGACUACAGUACGGAAAAGAGACAUUAUGCUCAUACUGAUUGUCCAGGCCAUGCCGAUUAUAUAAAGAACAUGAUAUCUGGAGCUUCCCAAAUGGAUGGGGCUAUUCUAGUAGUUGCUGCAACUGAUGGACAAAUGCCACAAACCAGAGAACAUUUACUGCUAGCCAAACAAGUGGGAAUAACCAAAGUUAUUGUGUAUGUUAAUAAAGCAGAUCUAGUGGAUAAUGAAGUUUUAGAACUUGUGGAACUAGAGAUACGUGAAUUGAUGGAAGAUUUUGGUUUCGAUGGGACGAAUUCGCCGGUAAUUUUUGGUUCAGCCCUAGACGCCCUAAAUGGGAAAGACACAGAGUAUGGCAUACCGUCGAUAAAAAAAUUGUUACAUGCGGUAGAUAACUAUAUUCCAGAUCCAGAAAGAGAUGUUACAUCUCCCUUCAUGAUUCCAAUAGACAAUGCAUUUUCUGUGCCUGGUAGAGGUACAGUUGUUGUUGGUACACUGUCUCGGGGUACAGUUAAUAAAAAUUCCGAAGCUGAGCUCGUUGGUUUUGAUAAACAAUUAAAAACAGUGGUUACCGAUAUCCAAGUUUUCAAAAAAAGCGUUCCAAAAGCGGUUGCAGGGGAAAAUAUUGGGGCACUGUUGAGAAGUAUAAAACUUAAGGAUGUGCAGAGAGGGAUGCUUUUGUGUGCAGUGGGAAGCGAAAAUAUUAGUAAUAGGUUUAAGGCGAGCAUUUAUUUUCUAACCAAAGGAGAAGGAGGUAGAUCGAAACCUGUUACUGGAAAAUACUGCCAACAACUUUUUAGCAGGACAUGGAAUGUGCCAUGUAGAAUUGAUUUGGAUGAUGGUGCUGAGAUGAUAAUGCCUGGAGAUCAUGGUAAAGUAUCCGUAACGUUGAUGUGGAAGAUGGUGAUGAUUAUGGGACAACAGUUCACUAUUAGAGAGAAUAACGUGACUGUGGCAACUGGAAUUAUUACAGAAACACUGCCAGCAAUUAAUAUUAACACCAGUCUUGGAAAACUUGUUAUACAUUGAUAUAAAUUCAUUUUUAUAAAUGUAUAUUUGUUAUUCAUAAAUUUUGAAUAAAAUCAUUACAUUUUAA